CAUAGAAAGUGUUUUGAAGCACUUAUAACGCUAAGUAGACUGCGUCCAAAACCUUGUAGCAAAUGUUUUUACAACUAAUUUGUAGCUGUAAUGAGUUAUUUUUUAGCUAUUGUUAGUUUUAAGAAAUUUCGAUUAGAUGUCGCCACGGCCCCAUAAACCUGAAGACGACACUCGUGCAUUAGAUGCCGUAUGCUAUGCAUGUGCGUUAUAGGUUAACUCUGACAGAUUAUUAAAACUACCGUUAUGAGCAACGUAAAGAAAGAAGAAAAAUUGUGUGACAGUGCUCAAGAAUUGGCAAAGAGUGCUGUUCUAGUUCAUAGUGUUUCUCUGCCAGCUGGUACAUCCACAGUAAAAGGUUACGAUUUUAACAAAGGACUGGACUAUCAUGAAUUAUUUAAAACCAUGUUAUAUUGCGGGUUCCAAGCUACAAAUUUUGGACACGCAAUUACCGAAAUCAAUCGCAUGUUGGAUCAGAGAAACAUACCUCUUUCGGAAGAUCAGAUCGAUGAGCUGGAAGAAGAUGAAUUUAUCAAAAGAAGAUCUCAUUGUACAAUAUUCCUAGGCUACACAUCAAAUAUGGUAUCAAGCGGCAUUAGAGAAGUUAUAAGAUUCCUUGUGCAACAUAAAUUGGUAGACUGUCUUGUUACUACAGCAGGUGGAGUGGAAGAGGAUUUUAUAAAAUGCUUAGCACCGACAUACGUUGGCAGUUUCUACCUGGACGACAGACAGCUUAGAGAAAAAGGGCUUAACAGGACUGGAAAUUUAUUAGUACCAAACGACAAUUACUGCCUCUUUGAAGAUUGGCUGGUGCCAAAGCUGGACGUGAUGCUGGAUGAACAGAAGCAAAAGGGUGCUAAAUGGACACCGUCCAAGAUGAUUGCGAGACUCGGUGAGGAAAUCAAUCACGAGGAGUCGAUUUACUACUGGGCCGCCAAGAAUAAGAUUCCGGUGUUUUGUCCAGCGCUGACUGACGGCAGUCUUGGGGACAUGAUGUGUUUUCACACGUUCAAAAACGCGGAAUGUCCACUUGCACUCGACAUAGUCGCUGAUGUCGCGAGAUUAAAUAGAAUAGCUAUGAAAGCAUUGAACAGCGGCAUGAUAAUUGUCGGGGGUGGUGUAGUCAAGCAUCACAUCUGCAACGCUAAUCUUAUGCGGAACGGUGCCGACUACGCCGUUUUUGUCAACACUUCCUCCGAAUUUGACGGCAGCGAUAGCGGUGCUCGGCCAGAGGAAGCGAUCUCUUGGGGAAAAAUUCGGAGAGACGCGGCACCCGUCAAAGUAUGCGCGGAUGCAACUUUGAUAUUUCCACUUUUAGUGGGAGAAACGUUUGCAAGACAUUAUCAUACCAAGAUGCAGAAGACCUCUAAAGAUACUGCGUCCGGAUCUAAUGAAGGAAAGAGUACAGAAGCAUAAUUAUAAUUAUGUAUAUAAUUAAAAAUAUUAAAAACUGAAAUGUUUUUACAAAAAAAAA